AAUAAAUCCAUUUCUCUGGGCCCGCUGGGUGCUCAGAAAGCCACACCACUGCGCGCGAGUGGACGCAGCAAUCGUAGGAUCACCCGUCGUGGUAUUUUCCAAGGGACUUGAAUCGACUGGUUUCUUAAGCAACUGCUGUUUUCACCGUUGUGGCUGUCCAAUAAAAUAUAUUUUGUGUAUUUUUAAUCAACAAAAUAUUGUGAGUACAGGUUUUUAUCUUAUUAUUCAUCAAUAGAUGUUGAUUAUUUUUCCUUCAUUUUUCACCAUGAUAAUUCAAACAACCCGGUCUCUGAAAGGCUUCACACUGUUGGCAGUGCUGCCGCUACUGCUGCUAUGCACAGUGGUGCGGCGGGGGCUGGCGGAGCCCGAUGCCAAGGUGGUGUCGGUGACAGUGACGGCUGGUGGGGAGGUGCCACUGCCAUGCGGAGGACUCGGCACCCUGUCUCCCGGGGCGCUCGUCACUUGGGAGUGGAGGCCGCGAGCCCCCUGGUGCGUGGGGACAGACGGAGGCCGCCUGCUGGAGAUAUCGAACAAGGAUGGGCGCAAGGUCGUCUCCGACCAGUUCCGGGGACGUGUGCUCGUGCACCCCCAGCUCAUCAAGCGGGGCGACUACACCGUGCGGCUGCGUGAGGUGCGCCCCGGCGACGCAGGGGACUACACCUGCCUGAACCAGGCCACCGGACUCCACCGCGCCAUCCGGCUCUUCGUCAAUGCAGGCUGCACCUCCAACCUGUUACUGGAGGCCAACCCGUGGGAGGGGGUGGCUGAAGGGGACCCAGUGACCCUCGCCUGCUCCUACUGCGGCUCCAAGCCCGUCGAGCCACGCGUGCGCUGGCUCGCCGGGGGUGUACCCGUUAAGAGCGGUUUGGACAUUCACAUCUCGGCGGACGGGAAGACACUGAACAUCCGCGCCGCCACACUCGCCCACCGCGCUCGCUGGGCCUGCGUCAUUGGCAAGAAGGAGAGCGCCGUCGCAGAGUUCUGCCUGGACGUGGUUGAAUACGGAACGACUCCCACUCACCGAGACUCCGAGGAGGGUGCUGAAGACGACGACGACGAUGAUGACGACGAUGAUGAUGAUGAUGAUGAGGAAGGAGAAGACGAUCCGGAUGAUCGCGAAGGGGACAAAGACAAGCGCGACAAUGAACAUCGUGUGGAGAGAGAGCCAACGCAGCGACUAGACAUUGCACCAAAUGCUGUGAGCGAGCACAAGGAGAGAUUUUCAACAGCAGCCUCUGUGACACAAGCCUUGGACAACGUGGGAAAUUCAGCAGCGGUCAGUUUGUCGAGCCACGACCCCAAAAGUCUCGUCACAAGCCAACCCGAGGUGUCACGUGGUGGCCACAAAGGCCCCUUGUCGACACCGCCACCGCCACAUGCACCCCAAAACGAACCGCCUCACCACCCUCUCACACGAACGGAACGACCACAACCGGAGGAGACGCAGGUGUCGAUUAACAGCCGGUUUUCGAACGCGGAGAGGAGCCCACAGAGCGCCGAGUCCUGGCAGGGCCCUGUCUUCUUUGCCUGCGUUGGUGCCGGAGCGGUGGCCAUUGUGGCGGCCAUCGUGGUGGUCACGGUGCUGCUGUGGCGAUGGGGGGCGUGUGGAGGAAAGAAAGAAAGCAGGCAAGUUGCCAAAAGUGGAGAGGAGAGAACAAACCAUGGUGCCGAUGGUGCGACAACGGAAAUCCCCAUUGAUGAGGCCGUCAAGGAGGGCCCCAGGGAGGAGACCGAGGCAGCUGUGGCUGUCUGUCCCGAAGGGCAGGAUGCUCCAGAAAUCCCGAGCCCCCCUGCACCCGAAACAAGCGCAGAGGCCUGAUUGGGGAGUGAUCAUCAAGCUGUCACACGAGGCGCGUAAAAACGAGCACCGCAUUUAAAGUGGGUGGGGAAUUGAAUUAAUCCAGGGGCCCAAAACUCCAGAGGGACCCACAAGAAAAAAACAUAAUUUAGUUUUUUAUGAAAAAAAGUUAGAACUGUUUAUUCAUAUCGUAAUUUUCAAAAAUAAACUUGCUGAAUGUUUCAAUUGCCAUGCAGAAAGAUCAAACCAGCGACUUCUGGAUUGCAAAUUCAGUCUGCUAUUACACGAUGGCAGCUUCUCAUUUUCAUUGGAAUAUUGACAAAACAACAAUAUUGCCUUUAUUAAUUGCUGGUUUAUUGCGUUUGUGCCUUUGUAUAUCUGAAACGGUCCUGGGAUUCUCCUCAGUCUACACAGCCUCAAAUGAGUACCUGGUGCAGUGUGAAAACAUCGGGCAGAUUGUGUUGGCUACGUGUGGUGCCGCCACCCAACGCCCACGGGCAUAUGAAGCACUUGUCCAAACAGUGUUCAGGCUAUACAGGGGAACUUUGUCUUUGUUUGUAAAAAGGUGGGGGGCUCUGUGGAAGGUGUGGCAUUCCUAUGCCUGUGAUCUGCCCUCUGCCUAUCUAGUGCCGGUAUAAAGUCAUACGAGCUUCUUUUUAACUUCGUGAACGAGUACAAUGCGUGCUAAUUGUAUGCUCUGCGGUCAAAAGAAUGUACUAAAUUGAUUAAAGACAUGCCCCAGUAUGA